AAUUCUGCAUGAAGAAUUUUCUGUCUUUCUCCAUCUCUUCACUUUAUUUGAAUUCUCUCUCCCCUCUCCUGCAGGGACAGUCUGCUUUCGUGCCAUGCUAGUCUUUCCCUGCUCUAAAGCUGCCAGCACUCCUCCCCACCAACCCACCCCCCCUUAACCUCACCAAAUUUCCCUCCUCAAAACACCAUCACCACUAAAACAUCCUCCCCUAAACCCCCAUAACCCAAAAUAAUAAUAAUAACAAUUAUUAUUAUUAUCAUGUGAGAAAGAAUUAAUUAGUUACGCCAUUGAAAGGUCGGCAUCUUUAUGCAACAAAAAAAAGCGCGCGCGCUCGUCCCUGAGAAUUCGACCACUCACAUCAUCAUGAAACCCUUUUCCUCUCUCUCUCUACUUUCUCUCUCUCUUGCUGCUUUGUGUUUGUGUUCGCGUGCUUCGGGGAGCCAAAAAUCUUGCCCACUUUUCUCCCAGCAGCUGGUCCUUCCCCUCCCCACCCUCCCCGCACCGCUUCGGGUUUCCGCAGCUUUUGCUCGCGAAUUUGUGGGGUUUUUGGCUUUUUUGCUUCUCGCAAAAGCAGCUUCUUGGGCUCCCUCCUGCUGCUGCUGCUGCUGCUGCUGUUGGUGGUGGUGUUGGUGGUGGGUUUUGUACGUGUUUUGUCCGCGUCGUUCCCUGCUUCCAAAAUCCCCUGCUUCUGCUGUUGACCGAAGCAACAGCGAGGUGAGAGAGAGAGAGAGAGAGACAUUAUGUGUGGGCUGUGGUUUGGAAGAGGGGUUUUUAGGGUGAAAGAUGAGAUUUUUAGGCUAAAGAUGGGAUUUUGAUCGGUGAUGUUUUUAGCGACUUUUGGGUGUGUGGAGGAGAGAGUUUGUAGCACGUUUUUAGGCAAUUGGGAGGGGAAAUGUGUUCCACUCUGGAGCAGGGGAAGAGCGCUUGUUUGAGCAGUGCAGCUCCGGUGCUCGACGAAAUGAAGCUUCUCGCAGAAGCGCAGUGUAAGACAGGUGCAAAGAAUGUGAUACACUCUGAGCUUUGGCAUGCCUGCGCUGGCCCACUUGUGUCGCUGCCGCCGCCAGGAAGCCUUGUGUAUUAUUUUCCCCAGGGACAUAGUGAACAGGUGACAGCUACAACUAGAAGGACUGCAAAUUCGCACAUUCCUAACUACCCGAAUCUCCCGUCUCAGUUGAUGUGUCAAGUUCACAAUGUCACGCUGCAUGCUGACAAGGAUACCGACGAGAUUUAUGCCCAGAUGACCCUUCAGCCAGUGAACUCUGAAAGCGAUAUUCUUCCUAUCCCAGAUCUUGGGCUUACAAGAAGUAAGCAUCCAACUGAUUUCUUCUGCAAGAAUUUAACUGCAAGCGAUACGAGCACACAUGGUGGCUUCUCAGUGCCUCGAAGAGCUGCAGAAAAGCUUUUCCCCCAACUGGAUUAUUCUGUCCAACCCCCAAAUCAGGAGCUCACCGUCCGAGAUUUGCACGAUAACUUGUGGACAUUUCGGCACAUUUAUCGUGGACAGCCAAAGCGACAUCUUCUGACGACUGGGUGGAGCCUCUUCGUUGGUACAAAACGACUAAAAGCUGGGGAUGCUGUCUUGUUUAUAAGGGAUGAGAAGUCCCAGCUACUGUUGGGUGUAAGACGCGCAAAUCGUCAACAAAGUGCAUUGCCUUCAUCCGUACUGUCCACUGAUAGCAUGCACAUAGGUGUCCUGGCUGCUGCAGCCCAUGCUGCAGCCAACCGCAGCCCGUUCACGGUUUACUAUAACCCAAGGGCAUGCCCUUCGGAUUUUAUAAUACCAUUAGCAAAGUACAAUAAAGCUGCAUAUACGCAGGUAUCAGUUGGGAUGAGAUUUGGAAUGAUGUUUGAGACAGAAGAGUCUACCAAAAGAAGAUACAUGGGCACGAUAGUGGGAAUCAAUGACUACGACCCCUUAAGAUGGCCUAAUUCGAAGUGGCGCAAUUUACAGGUAGAAUGGGACGAAUAUGGCUGUGGAGAGAGACCAGAAAGGGUUAGCCUAUUUGAAAUUGAAAUGCCGGAGAGCCUUUUUGUUUUUCCUUCUCCAUCAGUGAAUCCAAAGCGCCAAUGCCUUCCUGGAUGUUCUAUGCCUGGGACAGAGUCCAUUGGAUUUCAGAACAUGACAUCAAGGAGUGUAGAGAAUAUGUAUGGCAGUGUUGAUCAUUUAGUCUCUGGUUUAGCUAUGAAGUUUCUAAAUCACUUUCAGAAUUCUAACGUAAGCGGCCAGCUCGAGUGCCUGCAGCCAUUAUAUGGUAGCACAGUACACGACAUCAAGUGCAAUUUCAUCUCGAGAUCUUAUCCUGCUAUUUUACCAACAUCUAGUGCAAUUCAAUAUCCACUCAAGCAGAAGGAUGUACUUGGAAAUUUGGAAAUGCAGAAGGAACUUCAUCUUCCACUGCAAAAUGCCCAUUUAGAAAAUCGUAGCUCCCAAAGUUGUCGUUUGCCUCGAGGUGCUGAUUUAGUUUGCGCAUCAGGGGUGCAUGUGGCUUCCCAAGAACAAUGUGAGGAAGAAUCUAAUUCAGGUCUAAAUUGCGUGGAUCGAAAUGAAAAAAAUGAAGCUUCAGUUCCAGCCGAAAAUCAAGAUGAGGAGUAUCAUUCUAUGAAGAGACAACUGUCUGAUCAAUCUCUGACAGACCAUUUAGAAUGUCGUAAUGGUGAAAACUCCUCCGACCCACUUAAUCAUGAGAACUUUUUUUCCAAAAUUAUUGAUAGCCAGGGGCUACAACAUGACAAAUGCAGUGAUCUCCAGCAAAUUAAACAGCAUCUUGAUCCCGUCGUGAUGUCAACAAAUCAAGAAUCAAGUUGCUCACCUGAUAACAGCGACCCAGUCAGCAAACCGCCACUUCAAGGAUGCAUGUCGCAUUUUUUGGAUAAUGCGGAUUGGAUGUUCCAGCCUUCUUAUUAUCAAGAUUUUAGUGGCAUCCAACAUAGCCUAACAACUGAUGAUAGGCCAGAUGCUCUAUUUUUGUCCGCUUCAGAGAAUAUUACAAAUUCCUCUGCUGAUAUAUCUUCAAUAGUAAACCCACGAGCUUUCGAUCCCCACGAAACCUUUCAAUCCCCCUACCUUUCAGAUUUGCAUACUCUCCAAUGCCUGCCGAAUUCUGUUCAAGAAUUCUUAGGCAGCCCAGAGCUAAAUCCACUAAGCUUUAUUUCAUCGGAGGAUCAAAAUGUAGCUGUUCAAGCAUCUAACAAAUGUGGAAGGAAGGGCUUAUCGGAGAAGAGCAACGAUCAGAGCGAGACUUUCAGUAAUCUCCACUUUGAAGACGGCGACAGAGGCUUUCUUGUCGGUCCAUCCGCUCAAGCUACGACAACCUUAGAGGACUUUGACUUAGGGGAAUAUUCCAAAUUUAAUGUUCCUUUCCAAAGUCUUGCCUGUGACUUCGUUUCGCAGGAAAUGCAGUCUCAGAUUACCUCAACAAGCUUUGCAGAGUCUCAAGUCAUUUCUCUACACGAAAAUUUUGACCACUCCGGAGGUAUUUCGUCUUGCAGUAUUGAUGCAUCUGAUUACGAUUGGAGUAGAGAUACCAAGAAGCAAGUCUCCCAACCGCCUUUGAGAACAUUCACGAAGGUUCAAAAGCUAGGAUCAGUUGGAAGAUCAAUAGAUGUGACACGCUUUAGGGACUACCGAGAAUUAAAAUCUGCAAUUGCUUUCAUGUUUGGACUUGAGGGGAAGCUGGAUGAUAGCAGCUGUUCAGAGUGGAAGCUUGUUUACGUAGAUUAUGAAAACGAUGUUCUUCUUGUUGGAGAUGACCCUUGGGAGGAGUUCAUUAACUGUGUAAGAUGCAUCAGAAUCUUAUCUCCUUCUGAAGUACAACAGAUGAGCCAAGACGGCCUGCAGCUCAUGAAUGGUUUCGUCCAACUGGGUCAAUAGAAAUUCAUAAUCGCCAUCGACUCCUCGGCUAUGUUUUGUAGGAUUGUAGAACCGAGUGAGCAUCGCAUUUCUCUUGUAGUGUUAGACUAAAUCGCGCAAUAUUGUAGUGAGCUGAUGCCAAAGUUUAGAACACGAUCGGCCUCAUAGUGCUGGGAUUGUUAAUAGAUUUUGAGUUUCAUUAUUUUCAUUAGAAAUGCUCGAGUUGUUUCUUCAAAUUUGUAAUGCCUCUUAGGUCUCUGACUCACACAAAUGGAUGCUAUGAGUUCAUAUGUAUUCAAAUGGGAGUGUUUUAUGAGCAAACUGGCGUUUUGAUU